GUCGAAGUAGAAUCAAAAGCAACACCAACCAGUACUUCAGCACCAUCAUCACCAUCAUUAAAAUCCGAUACAACCGCAACAACAGCCCAACCAGUACAAUCAUCCAUUAACUAUCACCACAAUGCCAAGUUAAUUCAAGUUACAGGUCCAGAAGAGCCAUAUCAUUAUAUUUCAGUUCCAUUGUCUGUAGAUAGAUUAAAUUUAGAAGAUGCAUUCAUCAUGCAAAGUGAUGCUUAUAUGUUUGUUUGGUAUUCUGACAAAGUUGCAAGCCAAAAGAAAGCCAAGGCCAUUCAAAUGGCUCAAAAAUUAAAAAUUGAAAUUGGUUGUCAAAGAACUGUUCAAGCUUUAGAAUUUGGUGAAGAACAUUUAACAUUUUUAUUUUGUUUAGGUUUACCAAAAGGUGAAAAGUUAAAUGUUAAAAAAGAAGAAAAUGAUAUUUUCCAAAAAGAUGAAGAUGAUGAAUUAUUAUUACCAGAGUUCUUUUUAUAUAAAUUGUCAACUGGUGCAGAUGGUAAGCCAAGUAUCAAACCAAUUGAGGAGGAAGAGAUUAAACAAGAGAUGUUAGAGUCAAAUGCAUGCUUUAUUUUAGAUUGCGAACACGAGAUGUAUAUUUGGCAAGGUAAAGAUGUAAAGAAUAAAUCAACCAAAGAAGCUUUAAUUCCUUUGGCCAAAAAGAUUUGGGAACAAUAUGAUCGUCCAGAAUAUUACAGCAAAAAUACACAUCCACCAAUUACCAUAGUUUAUGAUGGUGCCGAGGGAUGUCUUUUCAAGAGCAAGUUCUCCAAAUGGGUCGAUAAAGCACCAGUUCUCACAAGUUAUUUAUCAUUACAAAAAAAGAAAGAAGCCAUUUCAUUCGAAGUAUCUUCAAUGCACGAAGAGAAGCCUGUCGCUGAAAUCCAUCUCGGUUCAGAUUACUCAAAGGGUAAACUAUUUGUAUGGUCAUGUUUAUCAAAUGGUAAAUGGAAUAAGGUCGAAGAGGAUGACUUUGGUAUUUUCUAUUCAAAUAAAUCUUAUAUCUGCCAUUUUAUUUAUAAACCAGAGGGUAAAAGUUCAAUUCGUUCAGCCAUUUUUUAUUGGGAAGGUUUAUAUGCCAACGCAAGAAACUACAUCAGCUAUAAAUUUGGUCUCUUUAAAGAAAUCCAAAAGAAAAUGCAAUCACUUCAAAGUGAUGAUCCAGUCGAAUACAGAAUCGCACAAAACAAAGAACCAAAAGAAUUUAUUAAUCUCUUUGGCACUGAAUUAUUAGUAUUAAACGAGGAGCUCUCAAUGAAACCAAUGAUCUUCCAAGUACGUGGUAACAGAGGAACCCAAUUAUAUCCAGAACCAAAUGGUUGCAAUGCUAAACUUUUAAAUUCAUUAGACUCAUUCGUAUUCUUGUUCCCAGAGAAAUAUAUUAUUGUAUGGCACGGUAAAGCCACCACCGAAGAUGAAAGAACCUUGGCCGCUGAUCUCUUUACUUUCCUCCCACCAGAAUAUGAGGCCGAUGUCAAAGAAUUUGAUGAAGGAAGUGAAGAUGAUAGUUUCUGGGAAUUAAUUGGUGGUUCAAGUUCUGAUAUCACCCAUAAUGAUACCGAUGGUGCUAAGCCAGCUAAAUUAAAAUUAUUUUUAUGCACUGAAAAUUCUGGUAUCUUUAAAGCUGACCAAAUUUGCCCAUUCUCUCAAAUCGAUUUAAAUAAUGAAGAAGCUGUAAUCUUGGAUGCAUUCACCAAAGUAUUUGUUUGGAAAGGUUCUAAAUGUUCUGACUCUAAAUAUAAAGAAACCAUUGCCUUGGCUAAAGAAUAUAUCGAGUCUGCUAAUGAUGAACGUCCAUCAACCAGUGAUGAUAUCAUUCAAGAAGAACAGUCUCAAUCUGAAUCACAAUUAUUCAAAUCUUACUUCCAUUCUUGGAAGGUUACUGUUCCAAAAGUAUUUGUAGAUCCAUUAAUAGCUUAUAAACAAAAACAAAAAGAAAAACAAGAAAGAGAAGAAAAAGAAAGAAAAGAAAAAGAAGCAAAGGAAAAAGAAGAAAAAGAAAAAGAAGAGCCAAAUUUAGUUGCAACCAAAGAAGAACCAAUUAAGGCUGAAGAAAAAGAAGAACCAUUAACUAGUGCUACCGAAGAAACAACUAGUGUUAAGGAAGAGGAACCAGUUAAAGUUGAUGAAGUUACUACCGAAGAGGAACCAGUUAAAGAAAUGGUUGAUGCUACCCCAACUGAUGAAAUAACUAAAGUUGAAGAGGAACAAAUAAUAACAGCCACUACUGAAGAAACAAAGAAAGAACCAGUAGAUGAAAUAGAAGAAGAACAAGUUGUACCAGAAUUAUCAAAUAAUAAAGAGGAAACUAUUGAUGAAGCAAAUACAGCCGAUACAGUUAACAACAAUGUAAUCAUAACAGAGUCACCAGAAUUCCAACCAUUAUCUUCCUCACAAGAUGUUAUUCCAACUCCAAUUAAAGAAAAGAGAAAAUCAAAUGAACCCACAGCACCAAGUUCUAUUGGUUCAAGUGGUGACUUAUUCUUCAAUUACCAACAGUUCCCAAGCCAAUCAAGUCCAAAGAUGAAUAGAAAGGGUGGAAAUAAAAAGAAACACAAUAAAAAGAAUCAUAGCGUUGGAUCAAUGUCACCAGCAACUUCACCAACAAACUACCCAAAGUCAUUAAAAAAUGAUAUUGUAAAUCAAACAUUUGAUUUGGAUAGCAUUAGCAAUAACACAAGCGAAGCCUCUUCAAGCACUUCAGGCUCACCAUUGCCACAACAACAAUUAAACCCAGAUUCACUCUCAUCUUCACCACUUUCAUCUUCAACAUCCAUUGCUCCACCAAGUGGCACCAUUAAUUCAGGUCAAUCAACACCAAAGAAAAAUAAGAAAAACAAAAAGAAGCAACAUAAUAGAAGCAAUUCA